AUGUCGGGAUAUCUUGGAAAGGACAGCAAGGACUCUGGUGAUGCUCCAAAGGAACACCGCAUCCGCAUCACCCUCACAUCCCGCAAGGUCAAAUCGCUAGAGAAGGUCUGCAAGGAACUCAUCGAGCGCGCCCGCUCCAAGGACUUGCGCGUCAAGGGACCCGUCAGACUACCCACCAAGAACCUCAGAAUCUCCACCCGUAAAACCCCCAACGGUGAGGGUUCCAAGACAUGGGACUCCUUUGAGAUGAGAAUCCACAAGAGGUUGAUUGAUUUACAAGCCGGCACUGAGGUCGUCAAGCAGAUCAUCAUAAAUAUCGAAGCUGGCGUUGAGGUCGAAGUCACCAUUGCCGCAUAA